ACUUGGAUGUCUCCCAGUCUCCUGUAUCCGUCCCAUAAUUCGUUAUACAUCCAACUGUAAAUGGGUUACCGGAAAACCCAACUCGCACUCCUUUUCUCUCUCUGGGCAUCGGUUUCCGGCCUUUGCUGGUGUCUUCCGAACGAGUUCUCCAUAGUGGGUUAUGAUCCGGACGAGCUAACCUCUGAAGAGAAGGUGUUUGAGCUGUUCGGGCAAUGGAGGGAGAAGCACGGCAAGGUUUACAAGCACGAAGGGGAGUUGCAGUGGAGAUUCCUGAACUUCAGGAAGAAUCUCCAGUAUGUGAUAGAGAAGAACUCGGAGAGACGAUCAACUGGGCGUUUUGUAGGGUUGAAUAAGUUUGCAGAUAUGAGCAAUGAGGAGUUCAGGGAGGUUUACUUGUCCAAGGUAAAGAGACCAGUCCGGAAGUGGAUGAAGAAUAACGGUGGCACGUGUGACGCGCCCCGGUCGUUGGAUUGGAGGAAGAGGGGAGCUGUUACUCCUGUCAAAGAUCAAGGCUUCUGUGGUAGUGGCUGGUCAUUCUCUUCAACUGGAGCAAUGGAAGGAAUAAAUUUCAUAGUCACAGGAGACCUUAUUAGCCUUUCAGCACAAGAGCUUGUAGAUUGUGAUAAAACCAGUGAUGGCUGUGAUGGAGGCUGUAUGAACUGUGCUUUUGAGUGGGUCAUGAUGAAUGGAGGAAUUGAAGCAGAAUCAAAUUAUCCUUAUACAGGACAGGAUGGGAACUGUAACAUUACUAAGGAGCAAACCAAAGUGGUAGCUAUUAAUGGCUAUGAAGAUGUAGAUCAAGAGGAAAGUGCUCUCCUUUGUGCCGUUGUUAACCAACCUGUGAGCGUGGGUAUUGAUGGUUCUACAAUGGAUUUUCAGUUAUACACUGGAGGAAUUUAUGAUGGAGACUGCUCAAGCAACCCAGAUGACAUAAAUCAUGCAGUUCUUAUUGUAGGUUAUGGCUCCCAAGGUGAUGAUGAAGACUAUUGGAUAGUGAAGAAUUCAUGGGGAACUAGCUGGGGAAUGGAGGGAUACAUGUAUACAAGGAGAAAUACUGGUUUAGAAUAUGGAGUUUGCGCAAUCAAUGCUAUGGCUUCUUACCCAAUAAAAGAAUCUCUUGCUCCUCCUAUUCCAUCCCCUGUUGUUCCACUCCCUCCGCCACCUUCACCUUUACCAACGCCGCCCUCCCCUACUGUUCCACUCCCUCCUCCACCUUCACCAACACCUCCCUCCCCUGACGUUCCACUCCCUCCUCCACCAACUCCACCUUCACCAAGACCUCCCUCUCCUGCUGUUCCACUCCCUCCUCCUCUACCACCUCCACCUUCACCAAUACCUCCCUCCCCUGCUCCUCCACACCUUCCUCCGCCACCUCCGCCUUCACCAAGACCUCCCUUUCCACUCCCUCCGCCACCUUCACCUUUACCAACACCGCCCUCCCCUACUGUUCCACUCCCUCCUCCACCUUCACCAACACCUCCCUCCCCUGACGUUCCACUCCCUCCUCCACCAACUCCACCUUCACCAAGACCUCCCUCUCCUGCUGUUCCACUCCCUCCUCCUCUACCACCUCCACCUUCACCAAUACCUCCCUCCCCUGCUCCUCCACACCUUCCUCCGCCACCUCCGCCUUCACCAAGACCUCCCUUUCCACUCCCUCCGCCACCUUCACCUUUACCAACACCGCCCUCCCCUACUGUUCCACUCCCUCCUCCACCUUCACCAACACCUCCCUCCCCUGACGUUCCACUCCCUCCUCCACCAACUCCACCUUCACCAAGACCUCCCUCUCCUGCUGUUCCACUCCCUCCUCCUCUACCACCUCCACCUUCACCAAUACCUCCCUCCCCUGCUCCUCCACACCUUCCUCCGCCACCUCCGCCUUCACCAAGACCUCCCUCCCCUGCUCCUCCACCAAUUCCACCUUCACCACCACCUCCCUCCCCUGAUGUUCCACUCCCUCCUCCUCUACCUCCUCCACCUUCACCAACACCUCCCUCCCCUGCUGCUCCACUCCUUCCUCCGCCACCUCCGCCUUCACCAAGACCUCCCUCCCCUGCUGUUCCACUCCCUCCUCCUACACCACCUCCACCUUCACCAAGACCUCCCUCCCCUGUUAUUCCACUCCCUCCACCUCCACCUUCACCAAGACCACCAAUCGAAUGUGGAUACUUCUCUUAUUGUGAAGCCACAGAGACUUGUUGUUGUAUUUUUGAGUUUAUAGGUUAUUGUUUAUUGCAUGGUUGCUGUGAGUAUGAGAACGCUGUAUGUUGCAGUGGCACUACCUAUUGUUGUCCUCAUGAUUAUCCCAUUUGCUGGGAACCUGAUCUCUGUCUAAAGAAUUAUGGAGACUACUUUGGUGUGGCUGCAAAGAAACGGAAGCUUUCUCUCAAGUUUCCAUGGACCAAAAUUGAAGACAUAGCAAACCCACACCAACCUCUACAGUGGAAGAGGAACUGGUUCAUCGUUCAGCACAAAAGACGGAUAUAAUCUUCCUCUUCAGUCUGGAUUGAAGUUUAUCAUUACUGUCAUCCCUUUUCCCCUCUUCUUUGGAUGGCAUUCUAUUAUCCUGUUACGAAGUUUUGUGUUUAUUACCACUGUAUGUAUGAACUUCUAAAUUAUAAAGAGUUGUCUGAUUUGUUUAGGUUUUCUUUC